AUGCUCAUCCUAAUAUUUCGCCCCUUCUUCAUCUGGCGCUGGAACACUCAUCUCCGCGACCACCCUUUGGCGCUUAGAGCUCAAGUAGUCUGCACCGAACAGGCAGCCGACGUUAACGAAAUAUUUCGUGCAUACGGCCGCCUCUUCAAUUUCCAAUAUCAAACCUACCUCGUUUCGUAUUGUGUCUAUACCGCGGCAACCAUAGACGUGCGACUGAUUCAUCACGCCGACAGGAAUCUAGCCGAAAAGGCCGCCGAUAGACUAGUCGUUACGCUACGCAUGCUGGAGACAGAACUCGAACAGACGCCGGGAAUCAAACGUAGUAUUGAGAUUAUCAGGAGUCAUCUGGGGAAGCAGCGAUUACCUGUCCCAAACGAAAAUGUCGCAGAUGCGCGAGAGACGAAACCAGCGUAUCACUAUCAGCAGCAGCAGAACAGAGGAGAGAAAUGGCAGGGCCAUGAAAUCUCGCCGUCUCCAUCGACGUCGGCGUCGUAUUAUAGCAUGCACCAGCAGCAACGGCAACGACAGAAAAUACCGCUCAUCUCUGCACUACCGCAUCAUCCUCACCCGCACCAUACAUCACAACUCCACCAAACAACAGAAAUAUACGAGCAACACAAUUCCUCCACAAUUCUACAACCUUCGCACCCUGACAUAAGGACACCUUUACCCAACAGCGACAUAAACAGCAACAAUGAUAUACACCAUCAAUCGACAUAUAUAGACGCCCAAAUCCAGCGUAUGGACAUGCCAUGGUUCGACUGGAACGUCGACGACUCUGGCGGCGGAUUUGUGCCUGAUAUGGCUUAUUGGGGAGGAAUUGGUGAUGGGGGCAUGCAGUAUAAUCAUAUGUAG